AUGGUCUUUGUAUACGGCAAGGCUGGAUGUGGUAAAACGUUCACAUUCAAUGUGUUGAUCCAUGAGCUUGAAAAGAGGAAUUUGUCCAUAAUUGCGGUUGCUUCUACUGGUAUCGCAGCUACACUGCUUGAGAACGAGAAUAGAGGCCAACCAUUUGGAGGCUGUGAGGGUUUUUGGAGGGGAUUGGUGCCAGUUUCUACCCGUAUACCUGGAGCUUCCAAAAUGGACACUAUAAAUGAGUCUUUCAAAGCAAGCUACGUUUGGAAUGAACUUGAAGUUUAUGUGCUCGAUGAAGAUAUGAGACUUUGUGCAGGUGUGGAUAGUCACGCUGCUUGGCUUCGAGCUGUCGGAGAGGGCACAAAUUUGAUUGUCAAUGGAAUGGAAGUGGAAAUACCCAUAAAAAUGUGUAUGGAAAGCGAAGAUGAGGUCAUUAGUUGUAUGUACACUGAGGAUAUUGUUGCCAACCCUAAGCUUGUUGGGAGCUUGGCAUUGUUAACUGUCAGGAUUGCGGAUGCUCUUGAGCUGAAUGAAGUGGUGCUGAAGAUGGCUCCGGAGAAGCUGUAG